GCGUUGUGGGUAGGGACUUUCCGCCCGAGUGGGAAAAUGGCGGAGGGAGCGGACGGGGCGAGCGGCGAGCAGCACGAUCAGGCCGAGGGCAUGAAGGCCAAGGCCAAUCAGUAUUUUAAAGAUAAGGAUUAUGAUAAUGCCAUUAAGUAUUAUACACUGGCCAUCGAGCUGAACUCAGAGAAUGCUAUUUAUUAUGGAAACCGCAGCUUGGCAUACUUACGGACUGAAUGUUAUGGAUACGCCUUGUCAGAUGCCACCAAGGCAGUGGAGCUGGAUAAGAAAUACAUUAAAGGAUACUACAGGAGGGCGACAGCCAACAUGGCACUGGGCAAGUUUAAGGCUGCGCUCAAAGACUACGAUACGGUCGUUAAGGUAAAGCCAAAUGAUAAAGAUGCUAAAAUGAAAUACCAAGAAUGUAAUAAAAUUGUCAAACAGAAAGCGUUUGAACGUGCAAUAGCAAACGAUGAACUGAAGAGAUCAGUGGUGGACUCUUUAGACAUAGAGAGUAUGACAAUCGAAGAUGAUUAUACUGGUCCGAAACUGGAAGAUGGGAAAGUCACUUUAAAGUUCAUGAAAGACCUAAUGCAGUGGUUUAAAGAUCAGAAGAAAUUGCACAGGAAAUGUGCUUAUCAGGUAAGGAGCUGUUGCUUUCUCAUAUCACGACUUGCUGUAGCACAAUGUAACCGGGAGAUGUCAGGCUUGCAACGGCACAAGAUAAUGCACGGAGGACUCUUCAGUGAAGAUGGUAUAACCCUGGAAGACAUCAAGAAGAUUGAUCGCAACCGACAGCCACCAGAUUCAGGUCCAAUGUGCGAUUUGCUCUGGUCAGAUCCACAGCCUCAGAACGGGAGGUCGAUCAGCAAGCGUGGCGUCAGCUGCCAGUUUGGUCCAGACGUCACCAGCCGAUUCCUGGAAGAGAAUAAACUGGAUUAUAUCAUCAGGAGCCAUGAGGUGAAGCCAGAGGGCUAUGAGAUUACACAUAAUGGCAAAUGUAUCACUGUGUUCUCAGCGCCAAAUUAUUGUGAUCAGAUGGGAAACCAAGGAGCGUACAUUCACCUCACGGGCUCCGAUCUAAAGCCCAUCUUCCAUCAAUUUAAAACUGUGCCUCACCCGAAUGUUAAGCCAAUGGCGUACGCGAACUCACUACUGCAGAUGGGGAUGAUGUAGCAUCCGCGCAUCUGGUGUGGACAGUAUCCCCUCCCAUGGUGGGUGGGGCAUCAGGGUUUAAUUUAAUCUUCCUCACUAACUCUACCAUCUCCGAACCAAGUCUCCCACCUUCCCUGGGCCUUCGCUGACUUGGGUUCUCAGCAAGUGCAGGUUCCUCCUGGUGCGUGGAGGCAAAUGUGUGUGACUCCUGCGCUCCCAUGCACACCACAACAACAUGUGUGCCCUUACAAGCAUGGUCUCGGAUCAACUUCUUAAUAUCUAGAUCAGUUAGGCUGUGCAGAAUAAAUCAAUUUGAAGUUCCUUA